AUGGCGGAGGUGCUGGAGGUCCCGCGGCCUCGCAUCGGGGCCACUCACGUGGAGCACUUCAUCGACCGGCCCGUGUGCUUCGUGGGGCGGCUGGAGAAGAUCCACCCCAGUGGGAAGUCCUUCAUCCUGUCGGACGGGGAGGGCAAGCAGGUCACUGUGGAGCUGGCGGAGCCUCUGGAAGAGGAGAUUUCUGGCGUCCUGGAGGUGAUCGGCAAAGUGACGGCCAAAGCCACCAUCCUGUGCGCUUCCUACAGAGACCACAACAGCAGCUUUGAUCUCAGGCUCCACAAUGAUGUUCUCAAAGUCAUACACGAGUUUCCGCAGUAUUACCCAUUUGGGGUCACGACGUCGCAGCAGGACUGA